AUGAGAUUCCUCUCGCAAGGUCUCACCAUCCUGUCACUAUGCCUUCCAGGCACACUCGCCGACAUUCGGGGGCCCAUCUAUCCCGCUCCCCGCGACAUAAGUACCAAGUCCAGUCGCGUGGCAACCAAUUGGAACGCCCUGACCGCGUCCCUGGACAAGGCCUUGAAUCAGGACGACAAGGCAGCCAAUGCGACCGUGAAACGGCUGAAGAAUUUGACUUUCUCCAUGGGCAUGUUCUCCCUCCAGGAUCCCGACGCCGAGACCCUCCAGUACCACCACACAGCGCCCACCACGUUGAAUGGCUCCCUCGGCGUGAAGGAAGUCGAUGCGGAUAGUAUCUACCGUAUCGCCAGUGUCACCAAACUCUUCACGGUCCUCGCAGGCCUAGUGGAACUGGAUGCGGGGGACUGGGAACGACCGCUGACGGAGAUCUUCCCGGCCCUGAAGGACCUCACUCAAAAGAACCAGAAGGCCCCCCAGCCGCUUCAUCAGAUCCAGUGGGACCAGGUCACUGCCGGGGCCCUUGCGGCCCACAUGGGUAUCCCUCGUGCGGGCGUGCCCUUCCAUCCCGAUCUGCUGAUGGGCGGCGAAGUCGACCCGGUCACAAUUGGCUUGCCCCCACUGAACCUCACGGAGGAACUGGCUCGAUACCCCUGCAUGCAGAAUGACAUUUCGAAGUGCACACCGGAAGCUUACAUUGCGGGGAUCGCCACAAUUACUCCCGAAUUCAACCCCUGGGCAAGCCCUGUCUACUCGAACAAUGGCUUCGUCCUUCUGGGAGUCGUCAUCGCCAAACUGACCGGAAAAUCCAUCGACCAGGUGUACCAGGAGAGCAUAUUCAAGCCCCUGGGUCUGGACUCCACCUUCUCGAGUCCGCCGAAGGAUCCGAAACUCAUUGCACGGUCGGUCAUCCCCGGCGCCGCGGAGGCCGGUUUUGCUCUCGACGGCGGCAUCUCCAAGUCGUCUGGUGGGGUCUUCUCGACGCUAAAUGACAUGAAAGGCUUUGGUCGGGGAAUCCUCAAUUCGACGCUUCUCUCGCCUGCGCGCACGCGCAAGUGGAUGAAGCCGGUCGCACACACGGCCGAUCUACGGUACUCACUGGGGCAGCCAUGGGAGAUCUACCGCUACGUCCAUCCCGACUCCCACGUGGUCACAGACAUCUACACCAAAUUGGGCGACUCAGGCCCGUACACCGCCAUUCUUGUGCUCCUCCCGGACUUUGACACGGGUUUCACUAUCCUAGGCGGCAGUACUGAUAAACCCACGAAGGCGGUCCCUUGGUUGGCGGACCUGGUCAUCGAUGCCAUCGUUCCCGCAUUGAUGGAGCAGGCAGCGGAGGAAGCCCGCGAACGUUUUGCUGGCUCCUACCGGUCCACGGUGGACGGGUUGAACUCGUCCGUGACGCUGUCGAUCCCCACAUCGUCUGAGGGGGCGCCUGGCCUGGCGAUCUCGUCGUGGAUCAGCAAUGGAACUGACAUGGUCCCCAUUAUCUCGAAGUUAGUCGGGGGGAAGGGCGUUCGACUAGUCCCGACGAUCGCUCAGUCCGGUCCGCCCGCGCAGGUGGCGUUCCGAGCGUACUCCCUCACUGAUCCAUCCAUCGGGAACGGAUUGCCCGGAACGCGACUCGUCUCCCAGAUGUACGAUGUCAAUGAUUGGGUGGGCACGCUCGAUACGACGACCUAUGGGGUGGAAGAUGUAACGCUCUUCGUAUUCGAUGCGGAAGCUGAACACGGUGGGCGCGCAGAUGCCGUGACACUACCGGCUUACCGCGCGAAACUCGCGCGGCAGAAGUAA